UAAUUAGGCUUUAUUUUAUUUUAUUUAUUUUUUCGGAAAAAAAUAAUAAUUCUUAAGCCUGCUAAAUAUAUACUCGUAAAAUAACCAACCAAAGCGAAACUCAGAUGCAAUACGAUAAUUAUCUUUUAACCAGACUUUCUCUUCAAUCCAACAAGCAACAGGUUUUACACUUUGGGAAUUCAGGAGCCAUAAUAGCAGUAAUGAGAUUUAAGAAAGGAGAUAAAGUGGAAGUUUUGAGCCAGAAGGAGGUUCCCUCUGGCUCCUGGCGUUGUGCAGAGAUAAUUUGUGGCAAUGGCCAUAACUACACAGUUAGAUAUGAUGGGUAUUCUAGUGCCAAUGACAAGAAAUUCCUUGAUAGGGUUUCCAGGAAGUCCAUCAGGCCUUGCCCUCCCAUACUGGAAGUUUCAGAGUUUUGGGUUCCUGGUGAUGUAGUAGAGGUGUUUGAUAUUAUUUCUUGGAAAAUGGCAACAAUUUCAAAGGUUUUGAGGAAACGGUUCUUUUUGGUUAGGCUUCUUGGAUCUUCUUUGGAAUUCAAAAUCAAGGAAUGUCACAUACGGGUGAGACAGUCUUGGCAAGAUGACAAAUGGGUUGUGAUUGGUGAGGGCUCUGGCAGUUGGGAAAAUGGGAAACACGAAAGAAAUUCGACAUUGUACUGUCGAACUUCAGGCUAUCAAGUUAAGAAGGCAAAGAUUAGGAUGGAUUUGCAUGUGAAUGAUGAUCUCUUUCCUGUUAAGAACAGUGUGAAUGUCCACGAAUCCCAUGUUGCUUCAUCUAAAACUCUGAAGAGAGGAUCUCCUUGUUUCCUUUCUCAGGUUGAAGGAGACACUGGAGCUGCUGAGAAGUUAAGAAGAAUUGACAAGCAUGGCAGGCUGCAUCGAGUGGUAGCUGCAAAUCCAUGUUCGUUAAUAGAAGCUGUUGCUUUCCCAAGAGAAAUGCUGGGUGAAAUAUACAUCCAUCCUUCUUGUAAUGAUGGAAUGAUGGGGAUUUCUGAUUUUGAAGCAGAAAGGAAAAAAUCAACUGGAGCUGUUGGAUGUUCUCUAGCAGUAAACUUUGAUUCAAAUGAUGCUCAUAGUGUUACAUCCUCUGUUGGUAGUUGUAGUAUCGAUAGCAACACUUCCUAUAAGUUGCCUUGUCAUGUUUCUGCAGGUGCUAUUGAAGAUAGCGAUGGUAAUUUUAGUGAUGCUGAAUCUUCUUGUCAGUUGAGACAUGAGGAAGGAAAUUGUCUCCUUCCCACAAAAGAGGAAUUGGCAGUCGAAAUCCAUAGGUUAGAAUUGCAUGCAUACAGAUCCACUAUGGAGGCAUUGUAUGCAUCAGGACCGUUAAGUUGGGAACAAGAAGCAUUGGUGACAAAUCUUCGUCUUUCACUCCAUAUAUCAAAUGAUGAGCAUUUAAUGCAGAUAAGAAACCUAGUUUCUGCUGAUAACAGCAUUCCCAUUAGAUGACAGGAUGAUCCGGGUUUUAUUUUUUCAAAUUUUUUUUGCUAGCCGUAGAAUUUCAUAAUUUUUUGCUUUGAUGCCCUGCCAUUGUAAGAAGAUAAAAGAAGUUGUUUAACAAUUGUUCUCUUUUGGCAUUAUGACAUAUAGUAGUCUAGUUUGAAAUCAGUUUAUCACAAACAUCACAAUUAAUAUUUCUAAGCUCUUUCUUUUGCACAUUUAUUUCAUCCUUUGUCAGAAUCAUCCUUCUUACUCUCUUGUCUUCUUAUACAUUUUUUGAUUUUUAAUGAAUCGGCUUAUUUCUAUAUUUUUGUGUGUUUAUUAUUACAUAUAAUAUAUAAUUGGGAUAUCAAGGCUCAAAAUUUCUGACAUCGUAUUUUUGAAUUGUAUUGAGGAGAUGGAUUGGACAGAUGUAUUCUUUUUUACUGUGUGAAUCUUCUUCCAACACUUCAACCCUUGUUUUUAUUAAGGGUGUUGUCAAUUUACUAGAGGCUGGUGAAUAAUAAGUUUACAACUUUCUUUAAGUAUUUUAUAGUGACAUCAUUUUACCCAUUAAUCCAUAUACACAGCGUUCAUUAGGUUCCUUUUGUCUGGAUCAUAAACUAGAAAGUUGUCCCAUCCUUUCCCAUUGAUAUAAAUGAUCUGGACUUUGAAUAACUUAAUAUCCACUGUGCCAUUUGGUAUUUUAAGUUUUUUUUUUCAGUACAUUAUUGAUGCUUCCCCUGCAUUUUCCAGGGCCAAGGUUGGAGGGCUUGUACACCUCUUUUCCCAAUGUCACAAAAUGAGUUGGGGUUUGCCACCUUUUCUCUUGAUUUGAGCAAUGGGGCAUUUUAAUAGGACAAUUGACUGACAAUGAUUAACUGAUGCAGCUAACUUACAUGGUUGCUGGAUUCUUCCUUUUCAGGCCACCUGUGGGACUUAAAUAUCUCUGUGGCUGAAGGAUUUAAGACCAGAAUAUUGUGGCUGGCCUACUAUUGGAUGACCUGAUAAGUGGUUGCUUGAAAGAGUUUCGGGAAGGCUGGUGACAUGAAUUUAUGAAGUUCGGGAAACUCUUUUAUGAGAGAUCAGCCAAGUGAAUCUAUAUGCAUGCACACUUGAUUGUUGUAAACAAUUGCAAGUAACCUUCCCAUCCAAUAACAUGCUCAUUUUUCCUAGCAUUUGGCAAACAUGUUUCAUCUGUGAUGUUAUUACACUCUUUUGGAGAUCCUAGGAUUUAUGGUUUUAAGUGCCAAAGUAUCUAUUGCUUUUUUUUUUUUUUUUUCAUCUUUGCUUACUCAAAGAGUCAGGUAGCUUCAAGUAUCCAUUUUCUAUUAAUGCCAGAUUUCUCUCCCACGGAUCCCAUUGUCAGGUUCUUUUGCAAUAACAUGAAAUCUUUGUGAGCAACAGGCUGAUUCAUGUUUCCAUUUGUGGCUGAACAUAAACCAAAAGAAUGUUGGCAUUUUCCUGGCUGCCUGCUACCCCUGCUGCUAGUAAAAGUUGGUUCUCUUCCUGUCCCUCUUUAUUUUGUGUGUAUUUUUUGUGCUUAAUACAGAGGUUGAUCAAUCGAAGACCUCAAGCUCCUGCUGAAGUCUUUGUUUUUUCGUA